ACUCUGCCUUUUCAGAGAGGAGCGCACCUUGUCUGACUCAGUCCAGUCUCUGCUGUCCUCGCGAUGGAGACCUGCUCCUGCACCGAGACACGCGACCACAUUCAUACCUUUAGACGGCCAACAUGCGGAUCACUUUGAGGACAAUCCCCAGUUCAUGAGGUGAACAAAGCUGAAAGAUGUUGCUGCACAGUAUGAUCAUGUUUGGAAGCUCAUGGGUGGCCACAUUUCUUCAAGUGGGGCUGUUCCUGCAGCUGGCGGUGUGGGAAACGACGGAGGCCAUCCAUCCAGACUGUGCCUUGGUGGUUCAACACAUGAAAGCUCAGGAGGAGUGCAACCAGAUUCUCAGAGAGGAAGAGAAGAACCACUCCACCAGGACAGGUUGUCCAACAGUGUGGGAUGAGAUUCGUUGUUGGUCUCGUGCUGAGGUGGGUCACGUGGUCAGCGUGUCCUGUGCCAACGUCUCCCAGCUGUUUGCUAAUAACCAAGGGUACGUCUACAGGAACUGCACUGAGGAUGGAUGGUCCGAACUGUACCCCUCCUACGAGGACGCCUGCGAGUUUACAGAAUAUGAAGUGACAGAACCAGAGACGACAUACUUCUCCAACUUCAAACAGGUGUACACUGCCGGCUACGCCACCUCCCUCAUCUCCCUCAUAUCGGCUAUUUUUGUCUUCACCGCAUUCAGAAAGUUUCACUGCACGAGGAAUUACAUCCACAUCAACCUGUUCUUCUCCUUCAUCCUGAGAGCGAGCGCUGUCUUCAUUAAAGAUGGCGUUCUUUUCUCUGAUGAAAACCUUGACCACUGCUUCAUGUCUACUACGUCCUGUAAGUCAGCCGUGGCUUUCUUCCAGUUCAGCAUCCUGGCAAAUUACUUCUGGCUGCUGGUGGAGGGCAUGUACCUGCAGACGCUGCUCGCUCUCACCUUCGUCUUCCAGAAGAAAUACUUCUGGUGGUACAUACUCAUCGGCUGGGGUCUCCCCACAACAAUCAUAACAGUGUGGAUCCUCACCCGGAACUUCUACGAUAACACAGGGUGCUGGGAUGACACAGAUGUGGCCUUCAUCUGGUGGAUCAUAAAAGCUCCAAUAACAGCAUCGCUGCUGGUGAACUUCAUCAUCUUCAUCAAUGUGAUCCGUAUUCUGGUCCAAAAGCUGAGAUCUCCUGGUGUGGGUGGCAACGAUACCAGUCACUUCAAGAGGCUGGCCAAAUCCACUCUGCUCCUCAUCCCUCUGUUUGGGAUGCACUACAUGGUGUUUGCUUUCCUGCCAGAGAACACCGGAGCAGAGGCCCGGAUCUUCAUUGAGCUCGGUCUGGGGUCCUUUCAGGGAUUUGUUGUGGCCCUGCUCUACUGUUUCUUGAAUGGGGAGGUGCAGGCAGAACUGAAGAAGAGGAUCUGGAAGUGGCAGACUCAAAGUUACCUGAGCUACAGUAAACGGCGGCGUACAUUGUUCACUGAAAGCAGCACAGUCACACAGAUUUCCGUCUUGGACAAGUCCAGCCCUAAAGAGCAGCAGACCUCAGAGGUUCACGCCCUCACACCCAACAACGUGUCUGCUGUCUGAGGAACACUCAAACUAAGGAUUUUAUGUCCUGUGUCCCAGCGUCCUGAAAAGGGACUCAACCACAGAGCCUGAAUGUUGAAUGUUUAAGGUACCUGUGUACUCUGUAUGGUACAACGCAUUUGCAGAAUCCCAUGUGGGCUGCCAGAUUUACCAAUGUUUACUUAAAUCAAACUUUAUUUUUCCAAUUCAUCGCAACCCAAACAUCUUUUCCUUCUUAACGAUUCCCAUGAUGUUAAUUAUUUUCACCUUACAGGCUUUUGUCAGAGAGGUCAAGGAUUCGAUUUUGCUUUCAGGCCUGCAACCACAAACACAUUUCAAUCUUUUCUCAAGGAAAAAAGAUUUCAUAAAUUUCUUUUCAGAAGCAUUGCAGUAAAAAUGUGGCUUGAAACCAUUUUCACUUUUAAAAUAUAUCUCUUACAGAAAACAGCUUUGUCUGGAAUUAUAAUUAGAUUUUUCUCACAGCUCCUAUGAUUGUUUCUGGUUCAAAUCUGGAGUUCUUGGUUGGUUCACAUUUUUUUGCAUAUACAUUCACAUGCUCAUGCUAUUGGCAUGAGAAAAUGUGCAUCAACAAAAACUAAGUUAUCCUGAGUGCUGUCAAAAAAACAACACUCCAUGUCAGGAGGGGAGGGAGGAGACAGAAAGAAGGGCAAAAAUGUCUUGCAGCUGAUUGGUGAAGAACAUCCACCAUUUUCACAUUUUCGUCCCACUUUAUUUCCAGCUGUCCAAACACAGCUCCUUGUGUGUGAACAUGCUUCUGGCUAGAUCAGGGGAGCCCCAGGCUGUUUUUCAGUCGAUGACUGAGAACUUGGCUCCAUCACUUCUGUAGAUACAUGGCACUUUUUUGUUGGUUCUCUUGGUACUGGAGGCAUCAGAUUGAGUUCAUCUACUAGGUUGCCCAGUGUUACUGGCCCUAAAGGAAUAUUCCAUUUGCGUAACAUCCACACUACAUUUUAGAAUGGAGAAAAUAUCUUAAAUCCAACCUAAUGCACUGAUUUCUUUAUGAUAAUGAAAACUUGUAUUACAUUUUUUACCUUAUACAGAUUAGUGCCAGGUGUUUGGAUUUGUCGUUGGGACCCGAUCACUGAACAAGGACCGAAUUUUAAUGCAAGGAAGUAUUUUGUCAAAAUUAAUUUCUUAUUUGGUGGCUCAGACAUACCAGAAAACUCCACAAUUUGCAUACACAUCAGGGGUACAAUAAUCUACAUCUGGUUGUCCUCUUGCCAACAGUUAAAUGGCUCAACAAUGCUCCCCUGAAAUUUUCAAAGAUUCAGACCCUCAAUUAGGUUACAGCCACAAGCAUGAACAUUGUUAGACAGAAUUAUAAAAUCAAAACCUAAAAGAAAGUAUGUUAUCAUCAUGGUGGAAACCCAACAGGAAAUCAGCCGUUUUGAUAAGAUUUUCAAACAAUGCUUAUUUUUUUUAAUCUAAAAUAAGGGUCCAUAUUUGAAAAAAAAACUCUUCCAAGAAGCUUCAUCCAUUGAUCCCCAAAUUUGUUGAGUGUUUUGUGGACAUCUUGAAGAUUUAACAUUAUUAAAACUCUAACUGUACACCAAGGGUGUGACCAUGGCUGGGAGUCAAAGUUGGAUAAUUUUUGGCAAUUUGCCAAAUAAUAUAAAUUCCUUGUAACUCAAACAUGAUGUUUUGUAUCUUCUCCAAAUUAAAAUCUCCUAACAGUCCCAGCUUGAACAAAACUACAUGCAUAUUCCUCCUACGGCCAUAUCACCCCCUGUAGCUAACAGGUAAUUACUUAAUUUUUAACCUUAAUGUACUGUAUGUGCUGAACACAUCUACUUCAAACCCUGUCAGAGCCUUCAGACCUUCAUGAUACUGUAGUGAGAAGAACUUGAGUUUCAUGUGAGGGGUUUGUGCCUGGGAAGGCAACAAACUUAGGCGUCUCUAUAUGACACAGGAAGUUGCUGUAACUCUCUCACACAAUGUUAUAUCUGCCCCACAUGUGUGAUUAUGGUUCACCACUGAACAUACAGUAUCUUGAUGCUGCAGUCAUAGCCCCACCUUGUGGAAAAAGGCAGUACUAACUAGUAUGCAACAUUGGUUUAGCUCCAAAUUUUUCAUUUUGCAUUACAGAUACAUUUUGGUCAUGAGCACCAACAGCAGGAAACAAGCUCUAUCAUAAAAUAUUCUAUGUGCUACAAAUCAUAUACAUUUGAUGAACACAUUAUCAAUAACAGAUCGACAGACAAUGACCACACCAUAACCAUAACAGCACCCACUGGCAAAAAACAGUGCAACCUCUCAUACGUGGUGUCAGACAGAUUGGCUGCAGCACACCUCAACAUUCACUACGAUGCGAGGGCCCAUUCAACAUCAUUUAUGGCUUUGAAUUGUGUUUUAACUCACUUAAUGCCGAUGGUGUCUUGAAUGUUUGACCGUAAAAUUUAACCAUGUGACAGAGAAAAAUCUUUCUUUGUCUAAACUCUAUUAAUUUAAAGCUCCUGUGAGGAAUUCUCAGGUUGUGUAGAUUUUGGCACCCUCUUGUGGACAAAGCAGUAUCUAUUUGGAUCAAAAAAUCGUGCCCUUCUUUGAAUGCUCGAUUUGCAACUCAUAAAAAAUCUAAGAUGUAUUAUAAAAUACUUAGAGAAACCUUCGCCAGCAUGCAGUUAGCUAUUUUGUUUGACCCCUAAACCCUGAGGCAGGGACAGGAUGCAUAUUAAUCCUCUCACUGAUGAUCCAGUUUGCUGUUUUAAGUCAUAAAGGGGUAUCAGUGUUAAUUUCAGUAUGUUUCAUAACCAGCUAAAAACUCCUCACAGGGGCUUUAAUGGACCGUGCCCGGGCUCUGCAUGCAACAUGUUGCACAGUGCACUAGCGCACAUCUGGAGCACUCGACUGUAAAGCUAUUUAUUUGUCAGAUUGAUUGUUUUUAUGUCUUUGUGUGAUUGUAAAUAGACCUGAUCUGGAGUUUACAUGUAUUUUAUGGUAACAGUAUUGUUCCUUCAGCAGAUUUAUAAAACAUAUAAUCAAAAAAAUGUGAUACUGUAAAAUAGAACAGCCAUAAAAUAUACAAAAAGUGAUUCAACAACUUUGACAUGAAGAAGUUGAUCUUUAUACUUAACUUAUAUUUUGUGUCAUACUUAGGUUUUAUUGCUUUUGCUGUAAUUUUGCAAAAUUCUGAGAAAUUGAACUUUCCUGUACAUUUUCGGAUAUUUUGCCAAGUUACAAUGAUGGGAGCUACUGAUUGCUGUGCUAAUGCUAUCACUAAUGCUAAUCUAGAACCUUUUCUUCUUGAAAAAAUAUUCUGGGAGACUAUAUGUGCUGUUUUCGAGUUGUAUGCAUCUGUGUUUUGAGUCAGUUAGCAGUACGCAGUACAGACAUUUGUAUAAAGAACUGUGAAGUUUGAUUCAUCAAAGAUAAGAUAUACAAACACUACAGUGCCUUCAUACAACAGUAUGACUCAGUGUUUCUCUGCACUUCAGGUGAUAAAACCUACUGUAGGUUUGCAUUUAAAAUCUGUGUAACAAAAAUCACAUUGUUAAGAUUGUAAAAUUUAUUUUUGCUUUGCUGCAUAAACAGAUCUGCUUCUGUGUUGUUGCUUGAAUAAGACAAAAAAAGAGGCUUUUGUGAGAUUUUAUCAGAGCAUGUUCUGAUGUUUUGGAAAGAAACUUUUUCAUGUUGUGUUUGAACUUUGCUUUUUAGAUUACACCCAUCAACACCGUC